GUUAUUUCGAGCAUGCGCCGAUUGUAAUGCUGAAUGUGUUUGGCAAUCGGUUAAUUUACGCUUCGGUAAAAAUUUAAGUUUUAUAAGAACGACUGAAUAAAAGGUGGUUUUGAUUGAAGAAUUGUUUAGGGCGGAAGCCAAGGAUGCUGUGUGGCCUUUCGAACUUCUGAGCACACGUUUGAAGGAGACAGCAUUUGUCAAUAGGCCCGAAAGCCUCUCAACAAAUUGGGCCUAGCAACGAUAUCAGAAUGAGUAGCAGGGAAGGAUCUACAUCGGAAGAAAGUAGUAGACGAGCUGACAGCGCGUCGAAGUCAAAGGUGAAUCUGAGAUUAAUUAUGGUAAGUGGGAAAACAGCAGACUUUGUUUUCAAGAACACAACAUCAGCUGGAGAGGUUGCUGAAUAUGUUUAUAACAACUGGCCAGAAGCUUGGGCAGAUGAGAAAGAUAAUGUUUCAAAUCAUCAGGUGUUGAGGUUGAUAUACCAAGGGCGUUUUCUUCAUGAAAAUGUUACUUUUUCAGCGCUGAACCUUCCAUCAGGAAAAAGGACUGUGAUGCAUCUUGUACCAAGGGAAAAACUACCCCCUCUGUCAUCUGAUGAUAACAAGACAAACGAGAAAGUUUCUGAGAGCAGUUGCUGCUGUACCAUUGUAUAGUUAGGUAUUGUCACCAUUUAGUUGUUUGAAUUUGUAAAUGUAGUAAAUAUGUUGAUAAUUUGUUUUUGUCUUGUAUAUAGUAGAACAAUUAGUUGUUUUAGAUGCCUCAUUUUUAUUCAUCCGUAUUUUGGGAAUGUGGUAGAUAAUUUUGAGUUGUUUAACCUAUUAUUAAAAAACUUGCAAGCCUAUGUUAAAGGUAAUAGAAAUUGCAUUUUUCCACAAAGCUGUUUGGUAUUGUUCCAUGGUGAAUCUAAGUUUGAGUCAUAUUUUUAUGAACAAAAAUUUAAUUAAGAUGUAUUUUCUUUUUCACUAUGGUUUGUAGUAGUUUAAUUCCAGUUUUAAAUUUUCACUAAAAGCUUUUGUCAUUUCAAUAUGACCAUGGUUUUCAUGUAAUGAAGCAGGCACUUCACCAGCAGCAAUUUGGUAACUUGCAAUUUGAAAUCAAAUUUUUUAAUCUUGCAACAUUGACACUAGGCAUAAUGAUAAUAUUAAUAUCAUAAGUUGAUCAGUUCUUUCAUAAAUACAUAAUCGAUAGUUUCCAUGUUUUGUUAAUUUGGUUUCCUGUAAACUAAAAGCAGCUGGCCAAAAACCUUGGAGUUGUAUAUCUCAAAAUGCUUAAAUCAUUCCAAUGAUUUGCAACUUGUUUGUUCCAGCACUACGGAAAGGGUCCUUUUAUAUUUUUCAUUGGCUAGAUCAAAGGUUGAAAUAUCCAAUGUGACCUUUGGGGAACAAUUUGGAAAAGAGCAGUGUCCUUGUUCAUCCUUGUAUUUGAUCACAUACCAAAAAGGCAUGUCACCAUUGCCAGUUUCAACCUUGAAAAUUGCAACUGACUUGUAGCUUGUAGCUUCCAUUUUUGGCAGGACUUUCCAGGCUUUACCAGAUUUUUCCCAUUUUCAGUUUGAUUCCCCUUAUCUAUAAUUGGCUGGAAAUGGGAAUGUUCUGUUGUACUCUUUGUCCAGAAAAUGAAGGGAAGAAUCAGAAUAGCUUUUUUGCCCCCUAUCAAAGCUUUUCUUCCUUCCUCAGCCCCUACUUAUGAACAAGGCUUUAAAUAUAUUGUGAUGUAAUCCAAAUGAUAAGGUUCUGUGAUCACUGAAUGUUGAUGCUGUUAGAAAAGUAGACCAACUAUAAUAUGUACGCAAGGGUGUACUAGCCUAGCAAGGAAAGCAAAGGGGACAGUCAUAGCGAUAAGAAGGUUGGUGUCUGAGAAAGCAAAUCUGCAAUAGGAUGCUGCAAAAGCCAAUGACAAUGGCUUUUUUCAAAUUUAUUUUCAACAGGGGGCAUUUUCCAACAUCCCAAGGGGUCAUGGCAGAGGUGAGUUGAGCAACAGCCAUCAUCUAGUCUCACUCUACCCCCCCCCCCCCAAAACCCUUCUUGUUGCCUAGGCUAUACUCCUGUGUGUGUUCUAAAAAUUAGCAAAAUCAUAUGCAUUGUCAAAACCUGUAUCACAUUUAAAUUUUUUGUACUUAUUAAAGAACUGUUGAAUUCA